UCAAGUGUCCUCGAUGCAGCGCCGACGUUAACUUCACUGAGAAUGUACUCCGAGACGUUGUCACUCGUGGCCUAGCGGAUGACGAAAUCCAACUAGAUCUACUCGGAGAGAAGAACCAAGAUAUGUCACUAGAAGAAGUCCUACAAUAUGUGGAGGCCAAGGAGUCUGGCAAGCGAUCAGCAGGACGCCUCCUCCACACCCAAGGUGCUGAGGCAAUGCGAAGCAAAUACCGAAAGCAGCAGAACUCCAGUCGGAAACCCAGUGACAAACCAAACGACAAACCCCACAUCGAAGCCUGCUACUACUGUGGAAAACAAGGCCAUGGCCACAAAACCUCUGCCAAACAACGACAACGAGUGCCCGGCCUUCGGCACAACCUGCCAACUCUGUGGUCGCCAAAACCACUUUGCUACAGUAUGUAAAAUCAAAAACAAGCCCCUUCAGCUGAGACCUCCCAUCCCAGACGGCAAGGGCAGACAAACCGAAGGCGCCAUCUUCGACAACCUGUGCAGUGUCACCAGCGGGAACCACACCGUCUACGGCAUUG